AUGGCUGAGCCUGGCUGUAAGACCUCUUCUAGGGAAUGCCUGGGCAUGGAGGAACCCACAGCAGCGGACCCGAAGAGCCCGAAGCACGAGCAGCCAAGCCGCCAAUGCCGCCGCCGCCACCGCCACCGCCGCCGCCGCCGCCGCCCCAACAGUUUCGCCGCCUACUUCCCCAGGGUUCUGAAGCAGGUUCACGAGGGCCUGAGCCUCUCGCAGAAGACCGUGAGCAUCUUGGAUUCGUUCGUUAAGGACAUCUUCGAGCGCAUCGCCGACGAAGCCUCUCGCCUGGCCCGCUCCACCAAGUGCUCCACCAUCACCACCAGGGAGAUCCAGACAGCCGUGCGCCUGCUGCUGCCCGGGGAGAUUGGCAAGCACGCCGAGUCCGAGGCCACCAAAGCCAUCAUCAGGUACACCGUCUGCCGAUGAGCUGCCUCCAGACCACCUGACCACCUUGCAAACCAAAGGCUCUUUUCAGAGCCACCUCACUUGGCGGGAAAAGGCCUGUAGGCUUUAAAAAGUGGGACAAACUCUAGAGUUUUUGUUCUCGUUGUGGCAUUCUGUGGAUAUUUAAAGUAGUUUUACUUUGAACCAAACAUGAUCGGCACUGCUUUCAUCUAUAUUUGCGUGCAGUUUUUCCCUUGGACAACUGUGGACUCUGCUUAACCAUGCCGCUUUUCUUGGCUUUCCUACGCGGUCAUUUCUGUUCGAUAUUUCUGUAGGUCCGCCUCAAUGGGGGUUAUUUUUGUUAUAAUGAUGUUUACCUUUUUCUCUCUCAUUCUCUCAAGAGCGUGUGGUGAAUUUUCCAGAGGUUCGUUAUGGGUGAUAUGGCAACAGAUGAAGUGCAGAAGCUGAAAUCAGAAUCCGUCUGACUUCUGUUAGGCGGGUUAUUGAAGGGAUUUUUAAGUAUCUGAAGCAACGUCAAUCUCCUUUAUGCUCUUAUAGAAAAGAUAUUUUUCAUAUGCAUUUGAAAUUUAUGUUAACGUGAUAUAAUGGGUUCCUAGUACAAUUUUUAAAUGGAUUCUGGAAUACAUAUGAACAUUGCUGUCUUAAUAUUGAGCCCUCAAUAAAUUUGGGCUGAAUAAUUUCCUCCCACAUGGCACAGGAAGGCAGCCC